GGAGCUCGCAGCGACGCACUUCGAGCCGACGUUUGCGCGCGCGGCCUUCCCCUGCUUCGACGAGCCAGACCUCAAAGCCACCUUCUCCAUCAGGAUCAGGAGGGAGCAGGGGCACCUCGCCCUGUCCAACAUGCCACUUGUGAAGUCUGUGAAUUUAUCUCCCUGGCUUGUUGAGGACCAUUUCGAUACCACUGUCAAGAUGAGUACAUACCUCGUGGCCUUCAUCAUUUCAGAUUUCAAAUCCAUCAGCAAAAUAACCAGUCAUGGAGUUAAGAUUUCUGUCUACACGGUGCCCGACAAGAUCGACCAGGCUCAUUACGCCUUGGAUGCGGCGGUGAAGCUUUUGGACUUCUAUGAGGAUUACUUCAGCAUUCCAUACCCUUUACCUAAACAGGAUUUAGCAGCUAUUCCUGAUUUUCAGUCUGGUGCUAUGGAAAACUGGGGACUGACCACAUACCGGGAAUCUGCCUUGUUGUAUGACCCCGAAAAGUCCCCGGCGUCUUCUAAACUUUGGAUUACCAUGGUAAUAGCCCAUGAGCUGGCUCAUCAGUGGUUUGGCAACCUCGUCACCAUGGAGUGGUGGAAUGACCUGUGGUUAAAUGAAGGGUUUGCAAAGUUCAUGGAGUUCCUGUCAGUCAGCGUUACCCAUCCAGAGCUGAGAGUUGAAGACUACUUCUUAAGCAGAUGUUUUGAUGCCAUGGAAGUGGAUGCAUUAAAUUCAUCACAUCCUAUAUCUACUCCUGUGGAAGAUCCAACUCAAAUUCUGGAGAUGUUUGAUGAUGUUUCUUACAGCAAGGGUUCUUGUAUAUUAAAUAUGCUGAGGGACUACCUGACUGCUGAUGUGUUUAAAGCUGGACUUGUGCAGUACCUGCAGAAAUACAGCUAUCGGAACACGAAAAAUGAAGAUUUGUGGAACAGCCUGUCAAGUAUUUGCCCUGCAGCAGCUACCAGCAGUAACGAACUAGAUGGUGAUGGUUUCUGCAGAAGGAGCCAGCAAUCCUCCUCAGCUGCACACUGGACAAAAGCAGAGACUGUUGAUGUGAGGGCAAUGAUGGACACCUGGACGCUGCAGAAAGGUUUUCCCCUGGUGACAGUCACAGUGAGAGGGAAGAACAUCCACGUGCAGCAGGAGCACUACAGGAAGGGAGUGGAUUCCCCUUCAUCCAAAGG